UUCCGCCUGCCGAUCGCCAGGGCUCCGGAUUUUAUAUUUUAAUCCAAAAAUUCAAAAGAAAUUGCUAAACAUGGGCUAUAAAUUUCUAAAACUUGCCUCUCCUACCUUUAGAAGUGGAAGUUUAGUACGAAUUGCUACAAGACAAUAUGCUACCACACAUGAUGCAGAUCUUGUUGUUAUCGGUUCGGGCCCUGGUGGAUACGUAGCAGCUAUUAAAGCUGCCCAGCUUGGCAUGAAGGUGGUCUCAGUAGAAAAGGACCCUACUUUAGGAGGUACUUGUCUCAAUGUUGGAUGUAUACCAUCAAAAGCUUUACUGCACAACUCACAUCUUUACCAUAUGGCCAAACAUGACUUCAAGCAAAGGGGUAUUGAAACUGGUGAAGUUACAUUUGACUUCAAAAAGAUGAUGGAAUAUAAAGCUAAUGCUGUUAAAGGCCUCACAGGAGGUAUUGCAAUGCUCUUUCAGAAGAACAAGGUUAAUCUUGUCAAAGGUGUAGGAACUAUAGUUGCCCCAAAUAAAGUUGAAGUACACGGAGAGAAGGGUGUUGAGACUGUUAAUACCAAAAAUAUUCUAAUCGCUUCUGGGUCUGAAGUUACACCUUUCCCUGGAGUUACUUUUGAUGAGAAACAAAUAAUCACAUCGACUGGAGCACUUUCCUUGGAGUCAGUACCGAAAAAAAUGUUGGUGAUUGGAGCUGGAGUUAUCGGUUUGGAGCUUGGUUCUGUUUAUCAAAGACUUGGUGCUGAUGUUACUGCAAUUGAAUUCCUAACUAGCAUUGGAGGUGUUGGUAUUGAUGGAGAGGUAGCCAAGACUCUUCAGAAAAUCUUAAGCAAACAAGGAAUGAAAUUCAAACUGGGAACUAAAGUUUUAGGGGUUAAGAAAGAAGGUAGUACUAUCAAAGUUGAUGUUGAAGCUGCUAAAGGUGGCAAUAAGGAAGUGUUGGAUUGCGAUGUGGUGCUAAUUUCAAUUGGUCGUCGCCCUUACACUAAAGGUCUCGGGCUCGACAAAGUGGGCAUCGCUUUGGACGACCGCGGCCGGAUUCCUGUCAACAACAAAUUCCAAACUACUGUGCCCGGAAUUUACGCUAUUGGUGAUGUAAUUCACGGACCAAUGUUGGCUCACAAAGCGGAGGACGAAGGUAUCGUCUGCGUGGAAGGUAUUAAGGGUAUGCCCGUCCACUUCAACUACGAUGCAAUUCCGUCGGUUAUUUACACUUCACCCGAAGUUGGCUGGGUCGGAAAGACUGAAGAAGAUUUAAAGAAAGAAGGCAGAGCUUACAAAGUGGGUAAAUUCCCGUUCCUGGCGAACUCCAGAGCGAAAACGAAUGGGGAAACUGAAGGUUUCGUCAAAGUGCUUUCCGAUAAGACUACAGACGUAAUCCUUGGGACUCACAUUAUUGGCCCUGGCGGUGGUGAGUUGAUCAACGAGGCUGUACUCGCGCAGGAGUAUGGUGCCGCUGCUGAAGACGUUGCGAGAGUCUGUCACGCGCAUCCUACAUGUGCCGAAGCGCUACGUGAAGCAAAUCUAGCAGCGUACUCCGGAAAACCAAUCAACUUCUAAAUGUAGAGGUGCUAAUAAUUAAUGAACCCAAUGAACAACUGGGUUUUUAGUCUAUAUUGUGUCCGCUUUAAGGAAUCUUGUAUGAAUGAAUCUGAUUUAAAAGGAAUCGUGCCACGUACGUUUUUAAAUAUAAAGCUCAAGUAAAUUAUUACAAGAGUAUUUGAAAGCGUUGAAGGAACACACUGUUAUUUAUGAAAUCAUUAAUUGUGACGCCAGUUUGCUAGUAUGUGAUAUUUAUUUGUAUAAUAACUAAUAAAUAAUUUCAAUAAUACUUAUUUUUGUUAAAGUA